UUCACGUUAUUUACAGGGAGGGGGCACUGGCGUAGGCAAACUCCUAGCUUUUGAGUCUGAAGCCUUGCUAAAAUCACCGCUCUCUCCACGGAAACAAAACAAUAUAGACUCGGGUUGACGGCGUGCAACAAGCCUAGACCCUCUAACGACACGACGACGCGCUUUCCCGUGGAAUGAGCAUUCCAUGCAGCAUCCUAGGUAUGAAUGACGUGGCCUGGCAGGAGACGAGAGGUGGGAUGCUGCAUGCAAAUGGUGCUCCUGACACUGGAGGUGUAAGAGUUCAUGGUGGAGGGCCCCUUGCUUCAGUUGCAGGAGCUGGACAGGUUCCUGGAGGCCCACAUUUACAGGGAAUGGACAGGGGUCCCAACCCUACCCCAGGUACACCUCAGCCUCUGCUGAGUGGAAGAUCUCAGGAUGAUGCCACAGUUGGAUACUUCUUUCAGAGGCAGCCCGGAGAGCAACUUGGUGGUUGCGUCCCCGGGAAGCAUCGCUGGCCAACUGGAGAUGCUAAUCAUGUUGAUCAGGGUCGCGCUGUGGAUGAAAUGAACUAUGACUUUCAAGCACUUGCUUUGGAGUCGAGGGGGAUGGGAGAGCUUUUGCCUGCGAAAAAGCUUUGGGAUUCUGAUGAACUGGCCAAAGAUGGAAGGAAAGGGAUGCUUCUUGGAGAGGAGUGGAGGGACAAUGCCUGGGGAACGUCUCAUCAUUCAGUGUCUCAGCCAAUCAUGGUGCAGCGUCGACCAGGCCAGAGUUUCCAUGGGAAUGGUGAUUCCAAUUCGGUGCUUUCACCUCGCUCAGAAGGUGGAGGCCUGGGCGUGAGCAUGGUGGAGUACGUCUUGAGCUCCUCCCCUGGUGACAAGAUGGACGGUCGCUACAGGAACGGAGGCUUUGGUGGAGGAGACGCGGACCAAGAUGGCAGAGAGAAGAGUGAUGUCCAAGAGAAGAUAUCACCCUUUGAAGAGGAUAAGAGCCCCGAGAUGAAGGUGGGCGAGGACAAUGAUCCAGCUAAAGCCAGUGGAAGAGGGCUUCUGAAUGGCAUGGACAGAGACUGCAAAGAUUUCAAUCCGACCCCUGGUAGCCGCCAAGCGUCCCCCACAGAGGCUGUGGAGAGGAUGGGCCCGAGUCAGACAGGCAUGGAGAUGAUGGGACAACACCAACACCAACACCAACACCAGCAUCAGCAUCAGCACCAGCACCAGCAGCACCAGCACCACCCCCACCCACAUCCCCACCCCCACCCCCACGUCCUCCAACAACAGAAUCCUGCCCAAAACAAGCCCCAACCUGAGGAUUUCCAGAACCAGGAGGCACAGAACAUGGGGGGUAUUGAGCAGCAAGCUGGUGUGGAGUCCCUCCAAUUUGACUACGCUGGGAACCAGAUUCAGGUGGACUCCUCAGGGACACCAGUAGGAUUAUUUGACUACAACUCUCAGCAGCAGUUGUUCCAGAGAUCUAAUCAACUGACUGUUCAACAGCUCACUGCAGCUCAGCAACAACAGUAUGCCUUGGCUGCAGCUCAGCAGCAGCAUCUCGCUGGCCUUGCCCCUGCUUUUGUGCCAAACCCAUACAUCAUUAAUGCUGCUCCUCCUGGAACUGAUCCCUACACUGCUGCUGGGCUGGCAGCCGCAGCUACGCUUGCAGGGCCCACCGUAGUUCCCCAACAGUACUACAGCGUACCAUGGGGCGUGUACCCUGCUAAUCUUUUCCAGCAACAGGCUGCAUCCACUGCCAAUCACUCAGCAAAUCAGCAAGCAUCCAAUCAGGGACCAGGACCAGGGCAACAACAGGUGAUGCGCACAGGAAACAACCAGCGACCUCUCACACCAGGGCAAGGCCAGCAGAGUCAACAGGAAUCUCUCGCUGCUGCAGCUGCUGCAAACCCUGCGUUGGCAUACGCAGGAAUGUCUGGUUAUCAGGUUUUGGCUCCUGCAGCCUACUAUGACCAGAAUGGAGCUUUGGUGAUGGGCCCUGGUGCCCGAACUGGUCUAGGCGGGCCGAUGCGUCUGGUUCAGACCCCUCUCCUCAUCAACCCUGCGGCUGCACAGGCUGCAGCUGCGUCUGGUUCUGGAAACAACAUGGCUGGUCCUGCAGCCACUGGACUGUACCGCUCCAUGCCCCAACCCCAGCAGCAGCAGCAGCAGCAGCAGCAGCAGCAGCAGCAGGCUCCCCCGCCCAGCAGCGGCCUGCCCUCCAGCUCGUUCUAUGGCUCUGGAUCAGUCCCCAACACUUCUCAGAGCAGCUCCCUCUUCUCGCACACCUCUGCCGCACCACCUCCGCAUAGCUCCUCCCUGGGCUUCAGCAGCCCCGGUGGCUCUCUCGGCGUGGGUCUUGGCUCUGCUCUUGGAGCUUUCGGCUCCUCUGUAGCCAGCUCUACCAGUAGCAAUGUAUCUCGCAGGGACUCCUUGUUGGCAAGCUCUGACCUGUACAAACGUGGUGGCAGCAAUUUAACCCCCAUUGGUCAGCCAUUUUACAACAGCCUGGGUUACUCCUCUUCCCCCAGCCCCAUUGGCCUCACACCGGGUCACUCCCCGCUUACACCGCCACCUUCUCUGCCCUCCUCUCAUGGAUCCUCAUCUAGCCUUCACCUAGGUGGCCUGACGAACGGCAGUGGGCGUUACAUUUCCGCUGCUCCCGGAGCUGAAGCAAAGUACCGGAGCGCCGGUGGUACAUCCAGCCUGUUCAAUUCCAGCAGCCAGCUGUUCCCUCCGUCUCGGCCCCGCUACAGUCGUUCUGACGUGAUGCCGUCCGGACGCAGCCGCCUACUGGAAGACUUCAGGAACAACCGCUUCCCAAACCUGCAGCUCCGUGACCUUCCAGGACACAUGGUGGAGUUCUCUCAAGACCAACACGGAUCCAGAUUUAUCCAACAGAAGCUAGAGAGAGCCACUCCCGCUGAGAGGCAGAUGGUGUUUGGAGAGAUCUUACAGGCAGCAUACCAACUGAUGACCGAUGUAUUUGGGAACUAUGUCAUCCAGAAGUUUUUUGAGUUUGGAAGUGCAGACCAGAAACUGGCUUUGGCAACACGUAUUCGUGGACAUGUCCUUCCCCUGGCUUUGCAGAUGUAUGGUUGUAGGGUCAUUCAGAAAGCCUUGGAGUCCAUUUCCUCAGACCAGCAGGUAAUUAGCGAUAUUGUCCGUGAGCUUGAUGGCCAUGUGUUGAAGUGUGUGAAGGACCAGAAUGGGAACCAUGUGGUGCAGAAGUGUAUCGAGUGUGUCCAGCCUCAGGCCCUCCAGUUUAUAAUUGAUGCCUUCCAGGGCCAGGUGUUUGUGCUCUCCACACAUCCUUAUGGCUGCAGAGUGAUCCAAAGGAUUUUGGAGCACUGCACCCAGGAGCAGACUCUACCCAUCCUGGAAGAGCUGCAUCAGCACUCUGAACAGCUGGGCCAGAAAUAUCAAGGCGUAUCAUUGGAGAUGACACCCAAAACAUAUUAUACAGUGUCCCGCGAUGCACUGUUCAAGGAUCAGUAUGGUAACUACGUCAUUCAGCAUGUUUUGGAGCACGGCAGACCUGAAGAUAAGAGCAAGAUAGUGGCAGAGGUUCGCGGAAAGGUUCUCGUCCUGAGCCAACACAAAUUUGCAAGUAAUGUUGUUGAGAAGUGUGUGAUCCACUCUUCCCGUGCCGAGAGAGCUCUGUUGAUCGAUGAAGUGUGCUGCCAGAAAGACGGGCCCCACAGCGCCCUGUACACCAUGAUGAAGGACCAGUAUGCCAACUAUGUCGUCCAAAGAAUGAUUGACAUGGCAGAACCUGCUCAGCGCAAAAUCAUCAUGCACAAGAUCCGGCCUCAUAUAGCCACUUUGCGCAAGUACACCUACGGAAAGCACAUUUUGGCCAAGCUCGAAAAGUACUACAUGAAGAGCGGAUCUGAACUGGGUCCCAUCGGCGGCCCCACAAAUGGCCUCAUGUAGUCCAGUCCACCACAUGUGUCCCCUGAAGAAGUGGAGGAGAAGUAGGAGCCCCAAACCUCCUGUUCUGUGAGAGAUGCUCCUUAGCCAUAAGGCCUUUGACACACCCUCUGACAUCCUGUUUUUGGGGGGAAUUACCAAAAAAACAUAAAAUAAAAGACAAGUCUUCACCUAAGAACGCUGUGACAACUGACCCCUGCCACUCUGCCACCCCUGGUGCAGGUCCCCGGUGUGGCCACUAGGGUUUACAAAGUCAGCAGGCCGUUAUAUAUAAUUUUUCUUUUCUUUUUCUUUUUUUUCUUCCUGGGUAAAGCACAAGCCCAUUGUUAAUGAUGUAAUUGAUAUAUUUGAAUGAUUUUCAUAUUUUCAUGUACAUUUAAUUUUUUUACCUUGUAAAUUCUCUGUAGAAAAAAAAUUUAUUACACAUUUGCUGAAAUUUACAAUUCUUACAAUUAACACCAGCAAGUGACUUUAUAAGGCAAAACUGAGAGAGAUCCUUAAAAAAAAAAAUUCAACAAUUUCAUUUGUUUUUGUAACCAGACUUAUGUCAAUUUUUUCCUAAUUAAGUCUAGGCUAUUUAAUAUUUGUAUAUUAUCCCAUGCACAGUAAACGUGUUUUCCCUUGCCAAAGCAGCUGAUGGAUUAGUUUUCAAUAGCACUACAUAGUCUGGAUGGAUAUGAACUCCUAUGUCCACAGUAUGAGUACUAUGUGUCACAUGCCACAGUCGCUCAGGUCUUGAAGACCAGUUUUUGCAAGUUUGGCUUUGGGGGACUGGUGGUUUAGUCUAGGGAAGUGUUUUUCCAGUGCUGGUUGCUUUUUCUUGCUUCCUUUUCCAGGCUAAGUGGCGGCUCGUGUUUACCCCCAGCAGCUCGUAGUCCGCCUGACAUUUCGGUACUUUAACAUCACAGCCUGACAAAACCUGAGCUGCUGCAUCCGCUGAGCCCCAUUCUGGCCGUCUUACCCCCCCCCCCCCCCCCUCCAACCAGGUGAUUCCCUCUGGAUUUAUGCAAGAUAAAAGCUACCAUUAACUUAUAGAAACAGAGCAUGAGGUUUGGUUGUACAGCGGGUGAGAAACCUGGUAUAAUCUCUACAUGGUGACCGUAGUGGGGGAGAUUUUUUUUGUGUGGGAAUAGUGGGGUGGGAAUAGUGGGGUUAUGCGCUGGCAUGCUGUGACAGGUUUUAAUCCUUGCAAUGAUUUAUUUUUUUCUUUAUCAUGUUUUGUGUAACCGCUUAUCUGUCUUGUAGUUUUGAGAUGAACACUGCCCUAGAACACGGUAUCUUUAUGUACUGAAUAAUCAUCUCUUGUGUAGUAGUAGUUUAACAAUGUAUAGCAUCUUUAUGUACGAGUAAAUUGUUGCUUUUGGGUAGGGGCCUUGCAUCAUUGAUGGAACCCCCACCGCCUGAAGGUUGGAGUAGUCAGAAAAAAUAAUGUAGUGAAGUGAGAGAAGCUAGAUUUGUACAUCUGAGAGGAAAGGACUUAGGACUAGUUGGAAAGUGGAAGAAUGGGAUGUCGUAAAUAAUCUUUUUAAAUCUUUUUUGUUUUAAUAAUUUUUGUUUCAUUUGGUUGGGUAUGCAAGUGCAUUGGUGGAGGCUGGUGGGGCCAUCAACAGCUAUACGAUUCACCUGUAAUGCUCGUAGUGAUGGCUUCUUUGCUUUAUAUGAAUAAUUGUAGAAUACAUGUAGUAUAUGUGCAGUUAAUAAGUGUAAGAUUAUUAGUUUAACUGAAAAAGAAAUGUCUAGUUGUGGUGUUUUUUGACAGGCCUUGCUCUAAAUUUGUAGUGAUGCUUUUAUUUCGUCUGUACAGUUGUACAUUUGUAAACGUUUAUGCUGUAAAUGGGAUGUCUUUUACACUUUUUGGGGGAAAAAAAAGGCAAAGAAUUUGCAUUUUGAUGUGUGUAUAUUCAUCACUCCUUCCCCCCUGAAUAUAAUGUAUACAGUUUUAUUUGAUCAAGUGUAAUUUUAAAAAAAAAAACUUUAUGGCUUCACAAUCUGGCAUGGUUUUUGUUUUUAAUCUGUUAUGGGGAAGGUCGGCCUCGAUUUGUACUGGAGCUGUAACAUCCACUGUUGAUAGUCUUUCUAAUGUGUGACAGUUUAAAAAGAAAAGAAAACACACUCUGUACUAAAAUGAGGCUGCAUUUAGUCCUCUCUGCUACCAUGGAAACUUCACAGGAUACGACAAGAAUUAUUUUUGUACAGAACAGUGCUGUAUUUUGGAACAGCUACUACCUUGUAAGCAAAAGCAGUGUAAAAUAUUGUCAAUUAUAUAAAUAUGAACAUAUGAGUUUUGUCACACUGUCAAAGUCAUGUACAUUUUCAGGUGGCCUUAUGUACAUUUCCAGAUGUUAGAUGAAGAAAACAAACUCAUUUUUGGAAGCAGAAUUGUGACUAUGUAUGAUUAAACUGUUCUUCUAACA